AUGUUAGAAGCGGAGCCAGUCCCGAUUACCCCAGCUGUUUUUCGCUCCCGUUUCGCUGGGGCUUGUGCGGGACGAUGCUUCAGCCUGAGCGGUGCAGCACUAUCCAGCCUGGGGCGUCCCUCCCGCACCACAGCACUCCACGCCGGAGACCUCGGCAUUGAUCUAGUGGCACACAGGUUGGACCGCACCGUUGGUCCCGAGGCAUCAUCCGAGGCCACCUCAGCAGCGCUUGAUGAUGGAGAGGACUGUGGAAGACCAGAACCAGCCAGGAACUCAGAUCCAGAUACACAUUUACAGCCUGAGACUGAUGACAGUGAUGAUGAUUGGACAGAGACCAGAGAACCUCAGUCAGCUUUAAACUCUCUUAGAAAUGAUGAAGACCCUGUGAGUGACUUGGAAUAUAGUGCUGAUGAGAAACCAUUUAGCUGCUCUGUGUGUGGGAAAAGAUUUUGUAGAAGUGGAGAUGUGAGGACACACAUGAGAUUUCAUACAGGAGAAAGACCAUUUACCUGCUCUGAGUGCGGGAAAGGAUUUUUUAAGUCAGAUGCUCUGAAGGGACACAUGAGAACUCAUACAGGAGAAAGACCAUUUAGUUGCUCUGAGUGUGGGAAAGGAUUUUCUCUGGCACGUGCUCUGAAGACACACACGAGAACUCAUACAGGAGAAAAACCAUUUGGCUGCUCUGAGUGUGGGAAAAGAUUUCCUCGAAAUGGAGAUGUGAGGAGACACAUGAGAACUCAUACAGGAGAAAAGCCAUUUAGUUGCUCUGAUUGCGGGAAAGGAUUUUCUGUGAUAGGUGGUCUGAAGACACACAUGAGAACUCAUACAGGAGAAAGACCAUUUAGUUGCUCUGAGUGUGGGAAAAGAUUUUCUCAUUCAGGUCAUCUGAAGUCACACAUGAGAACUCAUACAGGAGAAAAACCAUUCACCUGCUCUGAGUGUGGGAAAAGAUAUUCUCGCUCAACUACUCUGAAGGUACACAUGAGAUCUCAUACAGGGGUUUGGAAAGAUAUUCCUGCGCAAAGAAAACUUAGUCACGUGACAGUCCACACAGGAGAGAAACCUCUCAGCUGCCAUGUUUGUGACCAGAGAUUCACUUGGCCUCAUCAACUCAGAAACCAUCAGUGUGUUGGGUGUCAGUCCUCACAGCCUGAUCUGAGUCAAACUGAGGAGAACAGACAGGCAGAGCCUCCAGUCAGCAGCUCAGCUGAACAGAUGGAAACAGAGGCUGAUGGAGAGAACUGUGGAGGACCAGAACCAGCCAGGAACUCAGAUCCAGAUACACAUUUACAACCUGAGACUGAUGACAAGACUGGAGAGUCUUCUGAACCUGAGACUGAUGAUAGUGACGAUGAUUGGAAAGAGACCAGAUAAUCUCAGUCAUGUUUUUGCCGUGAACUUGUAGCUUCCUGUCAGUUAUUAGCAGUUAGCAGAAGGUUAAACUGUUACUGCAAUGCCUUUUAAAUGUCAGUAUUUUUUUCACUAUAAGCUGGUAACAAACUUAGGCCUCUCCAGUUCAUGUAUUUAUAGUAUUUGCCAGUCGCAUUGGAGCUCCAUGGUCACAAAAUGUGACUGCGAGUCACAGUUUGGAUCUCUCCUGGUUACACUAUCGUUUAACUCAUUAAGUUAAACUCUUACAGCUGUGCUGCUAAACAUGGAUGAUUUAUUCAUAACGAUAGCAGAGUACGAGGAGGAACUGUAUUCUUUACUGCUGCUAGCUUCACCCCGUUUAGCGUCAGGUGCAAACAGGUGUGUUAGCAGAGUGUCUUUGUUGUGUUUUUAAAGUGUGAACAUGUCUAAAGUCCAAAUGCUGAAAUCGUUGGUGAAGCAGCGACUAACUGCGGCUGCUGAAGAGAUAUUUGGGCUGUUUGAAAGAACGAUAGCAGAGUACGAGGAGGAACUUUGUCGAUCAAAAGAGGAGAACGAGCGACAGCGGAAACUACUGGACGCUGUUUUCAACCCUCAGCUUCGGUUACACAGAGCAGGUUUGUUCAUUAAACAUUACAAGUUCAUUAUUGAUAAUAUAACUGCAGCUUUGUUCAAUAAAUAUUCAGUCUGUCGACGUUUAAAAGCCACGUUAGCUUCUCUGGUGUCGUUAAUUAUUUCUACUUCUGGCCAUCAUGUUUUUUUUUUCUUUCGAUAUGUGAUAGGACAAACGUGCUCUUCCACAAUUUAGUGGGAUUUCUUAACUCAUAAGGGAAACAGGUAACGUGUUUACUUCCUGUAAAUAGAGCAGUAAAUCUGAUGUACAUA